UCACGCCGAGAGGAGAAAGCCAGCGUUUUGCCACCGCCGAAACCUGCGUGGCGCGAAAGGGGGGAUGCUGCUGCUGCUCCUCUUGCUGAGCGCGGCGCUGACUUUGGGAGAAGCCCAGCCGUCUAUUGUGUGUCAUGUAGAAAAUGGGCCUUCUCCUGAGUUGUGGUGGAAGCACGAUUUCACACCAUCAGAUCUUUUUAAUAUCAGUGCCGAGAUUGUUGAAAUGGAUGGGACAUGCCAACUUAAUAUCACCUGGAUUCUGAAGGCAGAUGCUGGCAUCUUCUACCUGAAUGCCACCAAAAUAUGUGUGACACCUGGAAAACCAUACUGUGUUAGAUGCCGUUACACAGAAAAGUUUCAAAACCUAACCAGACCUGAUCUUCAGAAUUGGCAAUUUCACUAUAUUGGAUUUCCGGUAGAAGAGAAUAAAGAGUACAUGAUUUCUGCUUAUAAUCUACCACCAGCAAAUUUAAAUGAAGAUCAUCCAAAUAAAAUAGCAUACCUACAUUCUCCAGAUUGUCAAAAUGACAUUUUGAAACAUAGCAUCUCCUGCAUAGAAAAAGGAAGUCUGUGGGACCCAAAUAUCACUAUAUGCUACAGAGAAUCAGAAGUGGAAGUGAAUUUUACAACUAGUCCCUUUUGUUCUGAAUAUAGAAUCCUCCUUUAUGAAUCCAGUAUAUUCAAUGAUCCCACAGUUCGUAAUGUCUUUACAUCUGAGGGUAAUGAUAUGAGGAUUUCUCAAAGAAUAUCAGUGAAUGAUCAAAGUAGCAAAAUUUUUAUAGAGUUAAUUCCUUAUUUUCCAAGAUGUGGAGGUGACUGCCGAAGAUACUCAAAUUAUCAAGAACAAUGUACAAAUUAUCAAGAACAAGAACCUGAAAUAGCUUUGGCAGGCAAUUAUGUUUACAUAACAGUGGCUUUACUUCUGAUCAUAUGCACAUUUACAGCUGUACUAUAUUUCAAGAGGAGGCAUGGUGUAGCCAACAACAGGGUUUUCUUCUAUCGUAAGGUGAAACCCAUACCUAUCAGAAUCCUUAUUAUAUAUUCCCCGGAUGCUUGUUUCCAACAUAUAGUCCUUGUGUUUGCUGAAUUUCUACGUGAACGUUGCCGGAGUGAUGUCGCAAUAGAUGUAUGGCAAAGAAGGAAGAUUGCUGAAACAGGACCAGUGCAGUGGCUUGCUUCUCAGAAAGAGACAGCAGAUAAAAUCAUUUUUCUCAGCCAAAGCCAUAUGAGUACAGUUUGCGAUUCAGUUUGUGAAAAAUCAAUUGAAAACAACAAAAACUCUGAAAGUAUGUUCACUCUUGCACUGAACCUCUUCUGCAGUGACUUGAAAAAUCAAUCUUCCCUUCACAAAUAUAUGGUUGUGUCUUUCAGUGAAACACAACAGGCUAAGAGUAUCCCGAGUCUUUUGAACAGUUGUCCAAAAUAUUUUUUAAUGAAGGAUAUGGACUCCUUUUGCAGAGACCUCUCAGUUUCGCUGCAUGAAGGAACAAAGACAAAGUGCAGUUGGAGAUCUAAGAUGAAAUUCAUGAGUCUAUAG